AUGGUUCGAGAAAGAGCCUCUGUUGGACUUGCUCAGCCAGUAUCUGCAGCAGACUUUUGCUAUGACGCCAUCGAUCAAAUUGUUGCUCAUACCCUCGAUCCCCAUACCACACUCGUGACCCUUACUGUCCUCGCCAAAGGCCUUCGCUCAGAUGUAGCUGAAUGGGAUAUCCAGGAGCAUCGACCGACUUUGUUAUACAACUACUGGACCAGCUUUGAGGGCAAGACGCGUCAAGACGUCCUAGGAAUCGGAGAACUUUACCACCCUUUUCGAUUGCUUCGACACCGUCGUGUUCAAGGGCAAUGGCAAGUGCUCGUACAAUGGCUUGGAUAUACCGACGAGGGAGAGGACGUCUCGUGGGAGCCAGCCGCGAAGAUUCGCGCCGAUGCGCCUGAUGUGUUGAUGGACUACUGCCGCUACGUAAAGGAUGAUGGAGUAAAUGCAGCGCUGCUCGGGCCAAUGGCGCGAAUGGAGGCAUACAGCGAGGUCAAGAACCAAGCAGAAGAGAUCAGGUCACAAGCCGCUGCGCUUACGAUCGCAAGACGUCCAGCGAAGAGGAUUGGGGACAGUGUUGCCGAGCCGGCCAAGUCCCCAAUCAAAAAGUACCGACGCUGUAAGUCGUCUUGA